UGCCGGAUUUAAGAGACGUCUUGUAAAUAAAAGUGAGGCAGAACAAGUAGUAGGAAGUUGGUGUCGUAGUCUGGUUAUGGUUAAAGAUUAUUAUGUCUCGGAAAAAACGUAAGAAUAAAGGGCAACGCUCUGCAAAGCUUCAGAAAGCAUUGUGUAACAACGGUGUCAGUGGAAGAGAUCUGGCUGUUGAAGACUUUGGUAAUGCCAAACAUGCAACGAAAGCACUCAGGCAAAUGUCAAGAGGAUUUUCUUCAAGUGCAACAGCAAUAGUUAUCGAAGCAGAAAAAGAAAACAUGAUUCCUUGGUACGACAGAACUGACUUUGAUUCAGUGUCUGAUGAAGAUGAUGAGAAGCCAUCAUCCGGUAACCAUGAACAGCAAACCACAUCAACUUCAACACCACAAAGAUCAAAGACCAAAACUAAGGAUGCUCCAUGCACGGAGUGUAACCAGAAUGGUUUGUUAUAUCCGCUCGAUGUUUGGUGUUUGCUUGCUCAAUAUAUUGAGCCUGAAGAUGUGCAGAAGUUUGCACUGAUCUGUAAAGGAGCAAGGCAAGCCACAAACAUGAGGACAUUUUGGUUAAGGAUCUAUAAAUGUUGCAUUAAUGGGCCAAAUAAGCUACCUGAAAGACUACAACCAGAUAGAAUAGAGUGUCGUCCUGGACUACGUGCAAGAAUUAUCAGAGCUCUUUUCUAUGGCUAUGAGCCAUUUAGGACUUGCAUUGUGUCUCAUAAUAAUUUAAAGGAUCCAGAUGUGCUGGAGGGUCAUAUGUGCAUAUCAAUGUGGUGCAAGCAGGCAUUGUGCAAAAAGCGAGCUAAAAAAAUAUGGGCAUUUUAUUUCAAGUUUUCUCAGAAACCAUCUGGUAUGAAUAGGAAACCUCGUUAUUUCUCCAAGGAAUGGUUGGCACAAGUUGAUGACUUAAAUUAUAAUCCUGAAGAUGGCCAUGCCAUCCUUCAAAUAAAUUGUGUUAAUUACCUCCCUGUCUCCCCUGUGCAAGGUCAUGUAUUGACAAAAGCCUCCAUCGGUGUUAGUCGUGAUAUGAAGCAUAAUAGUGUUAAGUUAAUUUUUCAUUCGCCUCGUAGUGAUGGCAGAUACAGAAAGGAUGAAGGAAAGAGCAUUAUCCUAGAGCCUGCAUAUGAUGCUAAAGUAGUUAAUUGGUGGAGUCCUCUUUAUCCUCAUUGUGAGGAUGCAUUGUAGAGAAUUUAACCUUUAAUCCUCAAGAGUGAUUGGAAUCUUAUUUCUCCUUACAUGUUACUGUUGAAUCAAACAUCAAGGUCAUGAGAAUAAGGGAAAUGAUCAUUCACCAGAGAAGCUCUUCGUGUUUGAACAAAUUUUCCUUGUCAACACCAUUGGAAAUGUAUGGAGAACAGUCUAGAGAACAGGCUGAAAAGGGUUAAUGAGUUUUACAUUUUGAUAUUUAUAAUUUGGAGGUUUUUAGUCAGGGUUUUGUAGACUUUAAUAAGUUUAAUGCUGAGACCUCAUCAAAAGUGGUCAUUGUAAUCAAUGCAGUAAAAGGAAAAUAUUUCCAAUGUCUAAUGAUAGUAUUAGAUUGAAGUGAUAAAUUUGAACAGUCUUAAGAAGGAAGACAGAGAAACUAAUAUUUCAGGUAGCUUAUAGAAAUGAUUAAUUGUCCCCAAUUAUAGUAAAAUAAUAAUUGUCAAAGAAGUAAACUCAAUUCUGAAGGGUAGUAAAUGUGCUUUUCAAAAGUAAGAUAUGGGGUUUUUGUUGAUUGAGUUAAAUAAACCUGCUGAGUUGUAGUGGAAACUGGUUUCCUAUAUCAGCACAAGUAAUCAGAACAAUUGCAAAAAAAUAUGUGCAAUGCUUUCUUUAUUUUACAUAAUUGUUUCAAUAACAAUAAGAAUAUACAUUGGAAUUGGAAAGCACCUGAGCAAUUAUAUUAAAAUAAUGAUUGAACUCAGGCUCAUUGACUGUUUUUGAAUAAUUUCCCCGACUUCGUCUCUGGGAUUGUUCAACAAUAUUAUUGAAUUCAGUG